AUGGGUGAGAAUACAGCCACAAAGAACCAUCUCCCUCCCCAGCCUUUCAGUGUCUCAAUUGACACAAAUCCACAAAGUGGCUCCAAGUGGUUUGAUGAUGAUGGCCGUCCCAAACGAACUGGAACCGCGUGGACUGCAAGUGCUCACAUUAUAACAGCUGUUAUUGGAUCCGGGGUUCUUUCCUUGGCUUGGGCUAUAGGUCAGCUUGGAUGGAUUGCUGGACCCACUGUGAUGCUCUUGUUCUCUUUUGUCACUUACUAUACUUCGAUUCUGCUCUCUGCCUGCUACCGCUCUGGCGAUCCUGUCAAUGGCAAGAGGAACUACACUUACAUGGAUGCUGUUCGUGCCAACCUUGGUGGUGUAAAGGUCAAAAUAUGUGGAUUUAUUCAGUAUGUGAACCUUUUUGGUGUUGCCAUUGGCUACACAAUUGCAUCUUCCAUAAGCAUGAUGGCAAUAAAGAGGGCUAACUGUUUCCACCAGAGUGAUGGAAAAGAUCCAUGCCGCAUGAAUGCGAGUCCAUAUAUGAUAGGGUUUGGCAUUGCUGAGAUCCUUUUGUCUCAGAUUCCUGGAUUUGACCAGUUACACUGGCUCUCCCUUGUCGCUGCAGUCAUGUCCUUCACUUAUUCAACAAUUGGUCUAGGACUUGGCAUUGGUAAAGUUAUAGAAAAUAAAAAAGUCAGGGGAAGCCUAACUGGAAUAAGCAUAGGUACGGUGACACAAACCCAAAAGAUAUGGAGGAGUUUUCAAGCACUUGGCGACAUUGCUUUUGCCUAUUCUUACUCCAUGAUCCUCGUUGAAAUUCAGGACACCGUUAAAGCCCCACCUACAGAAGCCAAGACGAUGAAGAAAGCAACUCUAAUAAGCGUUGCAGUCACAACCCUGUUCUACAUGUUCUGUGGUUGCUUUGGAUAUGCUGCUUUUGGAGACCUAGCCCCUGGCAACCUCCUCACUGGAUUCGGAUUUUACAACCCGUAUUGGCUACUUGACAUUGCAAAUGUUGCCAUCGUAAUCCACCUUAUAGGUGCAUACCAAGUUUACUGCCAACCCCUCUUUGCCUUUGUUGAAAAAGAGGCAGCCCGAAGAUUCCCAGAUAGUGAAUUCGUUACCAAAGAUGUCAAAAUCUCAAUUCCUGGUCUCUGCUCAUUCAAUCUCAACCUCUUCAGAAUGGUUUGGAGGACACUUUUUGUGGUUCUUACCACUGUUAUUUCAAUGCUCCUUCCUUUCUUUAACGACAUAGUUGGUCUCCUUGGAGCUUUGGGAUUUUGGCCAUUGACAGUUUACUUCCCAGUUGAGAUGUAUAUUUCGCAAAAGAAGAUACCAAAAUGGAGCACGAGAUGGCUUUGCCUCCAAAUCCUAAGUGUUGCUUGCCUGAUUAUUACUAUAGCUGCUGCUGCUGGCUCUAUUGCAGGAGUUAUGGGUGAUGUCAAGACUAUCAAACCCUUCCAGACCAGUUAUUAG